AAAGAAUUAUAAAGUCCAUUUUAUAUCAUAUCAUGUGUGCAUCUACUUGACCUUUCAUUAUUUUACAUAAAGUGAGUGUCGUUUUGUAAUACUCCUAUAUACAUUGAAUUGCUUCUACACGUGCAUGAUUGUUCCACUAACCAUAUGCCGCCAUAGGCGUAGCAGCAACUUUAUUCUUGUCACACGGCAUUUGAAAAUCAUUCCCAUAAAUUUCCUACCACAUAAAUUGCUGCACAAAAUUAAAUUUGCAACUUCAGCCCCUAUAUUAUUUGAGUAUGCGAAACACGCCCCACGCCCCUGCGGCAAAGCUAGAAAAACUCCACCUCCACUCUCACUCUCACACCACCACUUUCUCUCUCUUCUGCAACCGCUACUUUCUUCCUCUCGAUCUCUGCAACAAUGUCUGAAAGCGUUUUCUCGAAGCUCUCCGACGACGUCAUCCUCAACAUACUUUACAAGCUCCAAGACGAUCCCCGGAUUUGGGCUCGAAUUGCCUGCGUCUCCACCAAAUUCUCCGCCCUAAUCAGGACCGUCUGCUGGAGAACAAAAUGCUCGCAGUCGAUCCCCGCCGUCGUCUCCGAUCUCCAGCCGGAUGCGGCGGCGCCCGGCGGUUGGUCGUCUCUCUACAAGCUCUCCGUGUGCUGCCCGGGACUCCUCCACUCCGGCGUCCUCCUCGAGAACUCGGAUUUCGGGCUCGAGCGCGAGAUCGGGCCGGACGAGAAUUAUAAGGAGCACAGAAUGUCCCGAGCGGCUGAAUCCGGCCGAGAAGAAGUCGCUUCUUCCAGCAGCCGCGAUCGACAACCGGUGGUUUCCGUGCCUGAUAGCGUGUGGUCACUGUACGACGAUUUGCUGUUCGAUACGCUGUACAGCGAUUCCGCGACGCUGGCGGCGGAGGCGAGUGCUGAAAGGCCCGAAAUCCAGCCCGAGGUGAGGGAGACGGAGGAUCGGAACCCCGAUGUCUCUGCUUGUAAGAAGAGGAAGAUUUAUAGGUCACACGGGUCGCAUUUGGCGUCUGGGAUUUGGAAUCUUAGCCGUGAGCAAGGGAAUAAGCUGCUCGCCAGCAGAUUCAAGGGGGAUAGUUUGUACAUUUGCGAUCGGCCGGGAUGCGUUCAUGUCGAGGAGAAGAGGAAUUACAUGUUAUUUAGGGGGAUUUUUAAGAAUUUCAAGCAAUCAAGGGUUUGGAGAACGAUUAACGAUGGGUGUAGGAGCAGGAUUGAUUUGAAUUGUGCGUUUUGCUCGUCGAAACAGACGUGGGAUUUGCAUUCAUCGUUUUGUCUGCGGCGAUACUUUGGCUUCCAUGACGACGGGGAGCCCGUUGUUCGAGCUUAUGUUUGCGAAAACGGUCAUGUUUCGGGAGCGUGGACUGAUUGGCCCUUGUACAAUUGAAGGUGCAAUCUGCUUGCUUACUAUAUGGGAACUGACUGUUCAACGAAAUGGGAGGAACUUGCAAGUUCAGAUCAUCUUUGAUUGAUUAUCAUUGGUCUUUAGCCUAGCCCCACUGAAUUCUUUGGAUUCUCAUUUUCAUCUUCUUGUGAACUUGUAGCAGCUUGUAGUUUUUUGUUUUGUUUUGUUUGUUAUGGACCACUUAUUGUAUAAUAUUAUACUAUAUUAAAAAAAAUUAAAAACAAAUUUAGCAUC